AUGGUGGUUGAAAACAUCAAACCACAUUCCUGUUCUCAGCGAGGAGUUCAUUCUGUCAGUGAGAAAAGCUCGUGGAAGCACAUUCAUAUGGAUAUGGGGACACCCACAGAACGAGCGGAAGACGGAGACGCAGCAGUAGCAGCAGCAGCAACAGCAGCAGGAGCAGGACCUGUCCCGGGCGGUUCCACUGGUCCAUUUGUCCAUGCAUUCAUGGUCACCACCACUGUCAGCAUCGCCGUUGUUAUUGUUUCCACAGCAGCAACUGGUGCGGACACUCCUGGUGCUGCGCUGGAGGUUUUCGAAGCUCCGGAACGGGAAACCUUGUUGUCGUUACCAUCGCCGUCAACACAAACAGCGCCAUUUCUAUUGCCCGGGGCGCGCUCAUCUGCUAUGUUUUGA